AUGCAAAGAACCGUCAAGAGCAUUCUCGCACUCGCUCUCUUCACCGUGUUGGUGUUGUGCUUCACCACCAAAACAGCCUUCGCUCAACAACAAGAAGAGCAACUCGCUGAUUUACAACUCUUUGCCGAUCAAUUAAUGAUGUCAGACAUGAGCCAUCCUCGUUUCGAUGAACACUUGGAAAUGGUCUUGGCUGAUAUGGCAUCUUAUAAUUUUGAUAUUGAAGCUGAUGAUGAAUUAUUGAAUUAUAUUUCGACUUUGAGUGAUGCUGAAGCUAUGGCUUUGGCAAAGUCAUCUGCCAAGUUUAGAAGAUUCUUUAGAAGAGUUGGUAGAUUUGUUCGAAAGGCCGGUAGAGCCAUUGGUAAAAUUGCCAAAGUUGCUGUCCCAAUUGCUCUCACUGUCUUCUCUGGUGGUGCUGGUGCUCCUCUUUUGGGAAGUGUCGGUGGUGCCAUUGCUAAGGGUGCUGCAUUCCUCGGAAAGGCCAGUUCCAUCAUUGGUAAAGGACAAGCCAUUUUGGGUGGAUUGAAUGCCGUCACAGGUGGUAAAUCUAAAUUCUUGAAUAAGGCCACUGGAUUCUUGAACAAGGUUGGAGGUGUCAUUGGUAAGGGACAAAUGUUCUUGGGUCGAGGCGCUGACAUUGUCAGUGGCUUGAAGGGAUUGAGUGGAAAUUUGAAGAAUUUGGGCGGGUUGAAGGGACUCGUCUCCAACUUCAAACCUUCCGAAUUGUUUAAGGGUGCCAAUGUCUUCCAAAAGGGUCAAAACUUUUUGAGUAAGGCCUCUGGUUUGAUUGGAAAGGGUCAAGAAGUUUUCCAAAACUUGAAUCAAAUCACUGGUGGAAAGAGCAAGUUCAUUAACAAGGGAUUGAACUUUUUGGAUAAGGCCAACUCAUUCACUGGAAUUGGAAAGGAUGCUUUGAGUGGAAUUCAAGGAGGUGUCAACUCGCUGAAGAACUUGAAGAAUUUGAGAGGACAAGAUUUGAGAAAGAUGCUCACUUCAGGUGGACUUCAAAAAUUCUUGGGACGUGCUGAUGGAGCCAUUGGAAAGACUCAAGAUAUUUUACAACGAGUCAAUGAUGUCACUGGUGGUAAGAGCAAGAGGCUUAACAAGAUUUUGGGAGCUUUGGAAAAGGGUAGAGGAUUCGUUCAAGGUGGAAAUCAAGCCAUUGGUAGUUUCAGAGAUUUCAGAAGUUCAUUGAAGAAUUUGAAGGGUGUCAAGGGAAUUGAUGGAGCUAUUCAAGGUGCUCAAGGUGUUUUGAACAAUGGACAAAACUUUAUUGGAAGUCUCAAUCAAUUGACUGGUGGAAGAUCCAAGAGAUUGAACAAGUUGCAACAAACUUUGGGUAAGGGACAACAAUUCCUUGAUCGUGGUGCUCAAGUCGUCAAUGGUGUGAAAGGUCUCAGAAAGACCAUCAAGAGUAUGGAUCCAAACUUGUUCAAGAAUGUCUUUUUGAAGAAUGAAAAUGGAAAACUCCAAGUCAAUCAACAAGGUGUGACUCAUUUCCUUGGAAAGAUGCAACAAGUGUUGGGAACUGGAAGAGAUGUCUUUGAAAAUUUGAAUCAAGUCACUGGUGGAAAGAACAAGUUCAUCAACAAGGCCCUCCAAGUCCUCCAAAAGGGACAAAAUGGUGUCGAACAAGGACAAGAAGCUGUUCAAAAGGCUCAUGACAUUUGGCAAGCUGUUGAAAAUGUUGCUCACAACAUGAAGGUCUCAUUGGAACAACCAACUGCUGAGGGUCCAGAGCAACCUGCUGAAGUUGAACAACAACCAGCUGAAACUCCAGUUCAAGAAACUCAACAACCAGUCGAUGGUCCAGUUGCUGAAGUCCCUCCUGAACAAGCUCAACCAGAUUUUGAACCAAACGAACAAGUGCCUCAAAAUGUUGAACCAGCUGCUGCAGGAUAA